AUGUUAACAUUAUAUAACCUGAAAGCUAGCUUUGAUAAUAGAUGGCUACAUCCUGUGGCAUUUUCAUUGAGGUCAGCUGGUACACACUAGUAGAUCAAAGCCAGGACACAUUUCUGCUCUCCAGUUUGCUUACAUGAACCCGUCGAUUUAAAGAUCAUUGUAAAUUCACAAACCUGGCACACACAUUGCUGAGAGAUAACAAAUGACGUGGAGCUCGUCUUUUAAUUGAUACGAAGCCUCCGUUAAAAAAAAAAAAGAUAUUCUGACACAAUGGGAAUACACGGACUUGCCAAGCUAAUUGCUGACCAGGCCCCUGGUGCCAUUAAAGAGCAAGACAUAAAGAACUUCUUUGGCAGGAAAAUUGCUAUUGAUGCCUCUAUGUGCAUCUACCAGUUUCUGAUUGCUGUGCGACAGGAUGGUAACGUUCUACAGAAUGAAGAUGGAGAGACAACAAGCCACCUAAUGGGAAUGUUCUACCGCACCAUCCGCAUGUUGGAACAUGGAAUCAAACCUGUGUAUGUGUUUGACGGCAAGCCCCCACAGCUCAAGUCAGCAGAGCUUGAGAAAAGAGGGGAGAGGAGAGCCGAAGCUGAGAAGAUGCUUGCCCAGGCCCAAGAAAUUGGGGAGCAAGAGAACAUUGACAAGUUCACUAAGCGUCUGGUUAAAGUCACCAAGCAGCAUAAUGAUGAGUGUAAGAAGCUCCUGACCCUGAUGGGAGUGCCUUACAUUGAGGCUCCAUGUGAAGCUGAGGCCAGCUGUGCUGCUCUGGUUAAAGGAGGGAAGGUGUUUGCCACGGCAACAGAGGAUAUGGACGGGCUGACCUUUGGGACAAACAUCCUUCUCAGACAUCUCACAGCCAGCGAAGCAAAGAAACUUCCUAUUCAAGAGUUCCACUUCAAUCGCAUCCUGCAGGACAUCGGCCUGACCAAUGAACAGUUCAUUGACCUGUGUAUUCUGUUGGGCUGUGACUACUGCGGAACUAUCAAGGGGAUCGGCCCAAAGAGAGCAAUCGACCUCAUCAAACAGCACGGCAGCAUCGAAGAGAUUCUAGAGAACAUUGAUUCCAAUAAGCACCCUGCUCCAGAAGACUGGCUGUACAAAGAAGCCAGGGGUUUGUUUUUGAAGCCAGAAGUGGUGGAUUGUUCUACAGUGGAGCUGAAGUGGAACGAGCCGGAUGAAGAAGGACUGAUCCAAUUCAUGUGCGAAGAGAAACAGUUCAGUGAGGACAGGAUCCGUAACGGCUGUAAGAAGAUUGUGAAGAGCAGACAGGGCAGCACGCAGGGACGUUUGGACUCUUUCUUCACUGUCACUGGGUCUCUGUCGUCCAAGCGAAAGGAACCUGAGAUUAAAGGAUCAGCAAAGAAAAAGCAGAAAACUGGAGCCACACCAGGCAAAUUUAAGAAAGCCAAAUAGACUGAAUGUAUCCAUAAAUUAAUGAGAUGUUAUUGUGAUGAGUGAUGUUUGGAGUUAAGACAAAAGGAAACUGCUACUGUUACUUUUUUGUAACUUUCUGUUGGAUCACCUAACGAAACCUGAGCUAGCUGUAUUUUAAUGAGUGUUGGACAUUUUUAUUUCAAGUGUUGGAAAUAAAAAAAAAAUAAAAGUUUU